CCUAUAAAAAGGCAUGCAAGAUAACUCCAUUCCAUAUAUCAAUAGAAAAAUCUGCAUUGUUCAUCGAAAACAAUUUUGAUAGCCAAUCUCGAAAAUCGCUGUAAAUUUCUUUCCUCGACGAAUCGGAAAGUAGGUUAAGAUUUGACUUUAUAAGAGAAGAAGAAAAAUGGGAGUUGAAGGAACAUUUGAUUACAUAGCUGAUUUGAUAAGCAGCACAAAGAGGAAGAAGAGAAAGCAGCUCAACACUGUUGAUCUCAAAGUUAGAAUGGAUUGUGAAGGCUGUGGAGAGAGAGUCAAGAAUGUGCUCUCUAGCAUGAAAGGAGCAAAAUCAGUGACUGUAGACUGGAAACAACAAAAGGCAACGGUGUACGGAUUUGUGGAUGCUAAGAAGGUAUUGAAGAAGGCGAAGUCGACGGGGAAGAAGUCGGAGCCAUGGCCGUAUGUUCCAUAUGGCCUCAUCGCUCAUCCUUACGCUAGUGGCGUCUACGACAAGAAAGCGCCGGCCAAUCACGUGCGCGGCACCGACGAGCCCGGCGUCGGUACCCUAAACCCCGUGGAGGAGAAGUAUGCUCUCAUGUUCAGCGACGACAACCCCCACGCUUGCGCGAUCAUGUAGAUUUUUGUCCACAUACCAAACUGUUUGUGCUUGGAUCCGAGUAUAAAUAUAUAGAAAUAUAUGUCAGGCCGACCCUAAAAUUUUUGGGGCCGUUUGAAUUAUAAUAUAUAUGGUGUUUUAAGGUA